CCCGAACUGGAAACUCAUCUCAUUAGUCCCCUUAGACUGCCAUCAAGGAGGACAAUGUCUAAAUACAAGCCUUACCUGGCCAUGAUCUGUGUGCACUCCAUAUAUGCAGGCAUGGCCUUGCUCACCAAGGCAGCACUCAACCAGGGAAUGAAUCACUUCGUGUUUGUUGUCUACAGACAAGCCAUGGCUGCCGCCUUCUUGGUGCCAAUCGCACUGGUCUUCGAGAGGAAGAAAGCUUCGUUGCUGUCAUUUCAACUCUUCUGCAAGGCUUCCCUUGUGUCCCUUGUGGGGAUCACUUUGAGCCUGAAUCUCUAUAUGAUUGCCAUAUCAUAUACAUCUGCUACCCUUGCAACUGCCACUACCAAUAUCGUUCCAGUUUUCACCUUCAUCUUGGCAGUCCUGUUCAGGAUGGAGAUCUUCAGUAUUAGGACAACAUACGGCAAACUUAAGAUUGUGGGCCUCGUAUCUUGCCUAGGUGGUGGUGUCAUACUAGCACUUUACAAAGGACCUUCAAUAAGAUUCUUGGGUCAUCAUCAAGCUUCAAUUAAAGGAGUCGGCGACGCCCCUGCUUCGGGCCAUGAACCUUCGAUGAGAGACUGGAUAAUUGGGACAUUCUUAAUGCUUUCCUCCAAUCUGACCUGGUCAUUCUGGUUGCUAAUGCAGGCCCCUCUUCUCAAGGUCUACCCCUUUAAGCUGUCCUUAACUUCUCUGCAAUGCCUUCUGAGUGCCCUCCAAUCUGCACUGGUAGCCUUUGCCUUUGAAAGAAAAGCCUCGGCAUGGAGGUUGAGCUUUGAUAUCAAGCUUCUCUCAGUUAUAUACUGCGGCGUGAUCGUGACCGGAGUAACAUAUUGGCUGCAGGUGUGGUGUGUGGCGAAGAAAGGGCCGGUGUUCACUGCCAUUUUCACUCCAUUGUCGUUAGUCAUCACCAUUAUUUUCUCAUGUUUCUUGUUUGGGGACUUGUUCUAUGCUGGAAGUGGGCUUGGUUCGAUUUUCAUGGCGGUUGGUCUGUACUGCGUCCUAUGGGGAAAGAACGGGGAAGAGAACCAGAGGCAUGAUGAUGAAGUGAUAUCAAGAGAAGAGGCGUGUUAAUCCAUUCUUGGCAUGAUUUCUGUAACGUCCACAAGCUUUUAUGAAUCGUCAUUCCUUAUCGCAAGAACGGACGGCUGAUCGGAUAAAGAAUCUGAAAAAUAUUUUCCAACCUAUAAACAGCAAACUAAUUGCUUCUCUUAUAUAUAUAUAUAUAUAUACAUAACCAGUUAUGUUGUGUCUGUAAAACCCAUGAAUUUCAGUAAUGUUCUAUACUUUCAGAAAUUGUUGAUUUAUGUGCUCGGAUGAAAAAUCAGUUGUAUUCGACACUUUUAUCCUUCUAUAUGCAUGACUAGAAGUUCCACUUGGUAAGAAAUGAUACAAGAUGUAAUUUUUUUUUUUUUUACUUGAAUGAAAACUGGGCAUC